UGAAGAAAGAAACAGCAAAAGAGAGAAAAAGCUACCUAUUCUGAUUGUUGUUUUUAAGCAGCUUCAAUUCCAGUUUCAUAAUGUCUUUCUUCAUCACCUACCUCUAAACAAACUCCCCUUAUAUUCGGAUAUUCCUUUUUAUCAUUCAAUACCCCCAAAACCCAUUUCUGAAAAUACAGCAGCGCCCUGUUUUUUUCUAGCCUUUUUUAAUGUACUUCCCAUGGGGUUUAAGCCUUUCUUCUUUGUAGAACACCCAGAUUCGUGAACUUUGCCACAAACCCAUUGCUCAACGAGAUGCAGAUUGUGUUGUUUUAAGGUCUCUCGGUGUUAGAAUGGCAUCUGAUCUGAACAGAACCUUGUCGAGGACAUACAUUGGUCUGCAGUUGUGGGUGCUUAUUGUUAUUUGCUUGGCAGUGAUUUUUUUAGUUAUCCUCGGCGUAUCUUUAUGGCUUAGUUUUCGAAACAAAUCCCGAAGGGCUAAUGACAUGCUUCCUAUAAGGCAAGAAUCUUAUAUUUUAGAGGUAAUUAAAGAGAUAAGUGUCGAUCAAUUUUCAGCAAACAACGGUGGCCUGGAUGCACUUAAUGAUAAACUUAGUGACAGAGGUUCGGAAAAAAUUCGAUUUAAUGUAGAUAAUGAAGAUAAUCGUGGCCAAUCGAAUUCUUUUAAUCAUUUAGAGAAAGAUGUUAAAGGGCCUCAACUAGGAGAACGGGAAGGCACGGGUGCGGUUUCCACGUACAGACCUACUUCACAUCCUUUGACUGAUCCUUCACCUUUGUUCGGCCUGCCCGAAUUUUCGCACCUUGGGUGGGGUCAUUGGUUCACUCUAAGAGACCUACAACUUGCCACUAACCAGUUUUCAAAGGAUAAUAUUAUCGGUGAUGGUGGGUAUGGAGUUGUUUAUAGAGGCAAUCUGAUUAAUGGAACCCCGGUUGCCGUCAAAAAGCUCCUUAACAAUCCGGGACAAGCUGACAAGGAUUUCAGGGUGGAAGUUGAAGCCAUAGGUCACGUGCGGCAUAAGAACUUAGUUCGACUUCUUGGGUACUGCAUCGAGGGAACUCAAAGGAUGUUGGUCUAUGAAUACGUCAAUAAUGGGAAUUUGGAGCAAUGGCUCCGAGGUGAUAUGUGUCACAAGGGAUAUCUUACUUGGGAUGCUCGUAUAAAGAUUCUUCUCGGUACUGCCAAGGCGUUGGCUUAUUUGCAUGAGGCUAUUGAACCGAAAGUUGUACAUAGAGACAUAAAAUCAAGUAAUAUAUUGAUUGAUGAGAACUUUGAUGCUAAGAUAUCCGAUUUUGGUCUGGCCAAAUUGCUAGGCGAUGGGAAAAGUCAUAUUGCAACUAGAGUUAUGGGUACCUUCGGUUAUGUUGCCCCAGAAUAUGCCAACUCUGGUCUCCUAAACGAGAAGAGUGAUGUUUAUAGCUUUGGUGUUGUGCUCUUAGAAGCAAUUACCGGAAGGUACCCGGUAGAUUACGGUCGCCCUCAGCCAGAGGUAAAUAUGGUUGAGUGGCUAAAGAUGAUGGUUCAACUCAGACGCUUCGAGGACGUAGUAGACCCUAACAUUGAGACUAGACCGCAAACUAGUGCUCUCAAACGAGCUUUGUUGGCUGCGUUGAGAUGUGUUGAUACCGAUGCUGAUAAAAGACCAAAAAUGAGCCAGGUUGCUCGCAUGCUCGAAUCAGAGGAGUAUCCGGUUCCUCGAGAGGAUAGAAGACGCCAAAAGAAUCUGGUUGUUAAAUCAGAUGCUGAUCCGGAUUCAACUGUAGCUUGAUACCUUGGAAUGGCCUGUAGUUGAGAGAUGGAGGAAUAUUUUUUCGGAAUUGAUUUGCAGAUUGUAGGUAACAUUUGUUUGUGUCCGGAAAUAACAUCAUCACGAGACACCGUUGCCGUAGAUUUUCUGUACAGUUCUGUAUUGAUUGUGUGGUAAUCUAUAUUUUUGUUAA